CUGGAAGUAGAAAGGUUUGUUGUUUUCACUCUAAUUUUCCACCUUAUGCUAUCACUGCAGUUUUAUUACAUGGACUGUAAUGUCAAAGUUCAUCUGUAAAAUGUUCGAAAACGCGCGGCACGUGUUGACCGUAUUUACACUGUUGUACAACUUACAUGUUACCGUCGGUGGGUUUGAUCACUGGUGCUCACCUGGAAUGUUACCUACCGGAAAUUGUGGUAGAAGUCUUGAUGAAGUUCUCCGAGUUUAUUGUGGGGAAAAUGGUUAUAACUACAGAGAUUCAUCUUACGAGAACAGACAGAAAAGAGAUACUACCAGAGAGAUCAAAAUGGAGCUGAAAGAUAUUAUUAUAGGCGGACAGGAAGCCAAGAACUAUUUCUCAAAAAGGACAAAUUUUUACUACCAAGGAAUAGUUUGUGAAUGUUGCAUAUACCAGUGUGAUAUUGAUGAACUAAUCAGCUACUGUAAUCUAUAAUGUAAUGCUGCUAGGAACUUCCCCAAAUAUAUAUUAUUCCUAUUAAAUCUGAAAAUGAAAAUACUACACGUAUUCACGCUUUUUCACAGCUUUCAGAGCGUCUGUAAGUUGUUUCGAUAUCAUGUUAAAUGUGGAAAUUGAAGGCAUACUGAAGCACAGACAAGAAAGUAUAAAGCAAGAGUAAAUACAUGUGUUCACAACCAAAUUUUUAGGGGGCCUCUGUGGCCGAGUGGCCCUGUGUAUGCAAGUUUUACAUGUCUUGUCACUGAAAAAAUCGAUAAAUCAUACUGCACCCGGAUAAAGUGCACUAAGUUUGUGAAAAGUUAUUCAUAUCAAUGUAGAUACGUUUAUAUAAAAGGUUGUACUUGCAAAUACAUUAUUCUUACAUGACUCGAUUUGAUUUCCAGUUAAACAAAGAACACAUUGGGUAUUCGGCUACCUACUCGUGUGAGCGAUACCGUGUGAUUUAUAUACAUAUAGGUGUUCUGGAUGUUGAACACUUAAAACGUAUACUUAUUCCGUAUUUUACUGAAGAUUUGAAAAGUUUUAGUAUUGAAUGUUUAAGAUCAUACCUUAACUAUAUCCAUGUCAAAUUUCUAUCUCAUAUGAUAUGAAUUAUUGUGAAAAAAAUACGUUUUUUUUGUCGCGAAAAUGAAGAUAUUUUAAGGCGAUGCUAUCUAUUUUCAUAAAUAAUAGUAUUAUAUAGGAUUAAAUUAGGAAAUUUUUGUUAAGAAAAUGAAAAGCAGGCAUUCCAUUGCUUUCGUUCCACAAAAAUUGGAAGGAAAGUAAAAUCAGAGCGUUUUUGUUUUUUUUGAAGACAAUGUGUAGAAAAAGGGAUAUCUCUGACGAUGUAUCAUGAUACAUGUAACCAUCCUCGUUGUUUUUGUCAAUCGAGCGGAUACCAUCCUCGUAAUUGAAUUGCACAUUAAAUUUUUUUUUCAACAACAACAUUUUAUUAACAUUGACGC